CUUUUUUCGACGUUGAUGUUGAUGUCGAAAUCAAACGCAUGAAUCCUUUGAAUCUUGGAAUCCAAGGAUUAGGGCGACUAGGUUCCACGAGGAACCCAGAAUUCCUCGUGGAACCCAGAUCUGAGUUCCACGAGGAACCCAAGAGGAUGAUGUUCUUGGUUCCUCGUGGAACCCAGCAACUAGGUUUCGCAAGGAACCCACUAGGUUCGUGGAACCCAGUCGUCGAACCCAGCAACUGGGUUUCGCAAGGAACCCAGAAGGAUGAUGAAGAGAUGCUAAAGACGAUGCUGAGGGGGGCUUAUUUGCCUCAAAGAAAAGUUUAAGGGAGUAAUUGUUUCUUCCAUGAAAGUUCGAGUGUUACUGUUGAAGAAGCAAAAAUGGAGCUAAGCUUAUACUGCCCUUUUGGAUAAACCUCCUUAAACCCCCAAAAGAAUCCCAAACUCAAAACUCAAAAUUUCCUGUCCGUCGUGUUGGUUACAGAACACUGAAUAAACAAUUCGUUGUUUC